AUGUACAAUAUAAUUAAUAAUCAAUUAUAUCUUAAAAAGGAAUCACCUAUAGAAGGAGCAAUAAGAAUUUCUUUAAAAGCUCCCGAUAAAUUUUCCGAAGUACCACCAACAUAUUGUAAUAAUAAUAAUAGUGUACCAUGUAUUUAUUGGGGAUCUAACGAAAUUCACUAUCCAAGUGAUGGUGCUGGUUUUGCAUUUUUCACUACACGUGUAAACAUUAAUAGACAUUUUCCGCCAGCAAAUUGCAGCUUUCUGAAAAAUUAUGACAAAAGUUGUAUUGUUGAUCCCAGACAAAAACCAGAUAAUGUUCUGGUUCAAUCUAUGUUGGAUAAAUCUUAUAUUGCCGACAUUGAGAAAUAUACGAUUAUGGUCGAACAUUCAAUAAGAGGUAAAAUAACAACAAAAACAUAUCGUAAUGGACUUUUGAAUGGUCAAUUACUUUCUUCAGAUGGUGAAACAGUAAUAAAAUCAUGGACAAACGAAACCAGAACAUUAAAUGAUCCAAGAGCAGAUGGUGAUAUUAUGACAGUUGGCGAAUUGCUUCAAGCUGCUGGGGCAGAUUUAGAAGGAAUAUCAGGAGCGCCUGGAGCUGAUCCUGAUGAAACUUUUAGAAGUGCGGGGAUUGUUAUAGUGAUAAUUAUUGAUUACAAGAAUAAUGUUUUAAAUCCGGAUGAAAUUAAUUAUCAAUAUUUACCACAAGUGAUUGGAGGUAGUAGAAUCACCUUUAAACAAUAUGGCAAGAUAGGUGAAUUUGAUUUUAUUUCAUUAUUAAUAAAUUUGGUUGCUGCAAUUACAUUAUUUAGCGUAUCGACAUUCUUGGUCGAAUUCCUUAUGUUGUAUUUAUUACCUGAGAAAAAUCAGUAUCAGGAGGCAAUAUUUGAAAGGACUGAAAUUCAAAACAGUCCAGAAAAAAUUUCAUUAUUAUCAGUAUUACCAUUACUUAGAUUAUUUUC